GACUGUUUUUAAUAUGACAUUUUCGCGUCCACCAGAAACUAAUAUUUCUGUUACAAUCAAUACUCACACUCAACAGUUACAUGCUUAUAUCAAACACACACAAAUUCAUUGCAAUGAUAUUUUGGGGUUUUCUCACAAACUCACUCAGUGGUCGCAGUUAGAAGCAAUUAUUUCAAGAAUGAAGUCAUCUAAACCUGAAUUAAGCGAGGAACUAAAACAUUUAUUGCAAGAGAUUGAAUGUACAUAUGGAGAAAAAUCUGAUGAAAUAAAUUUUUUGAUUGAACAACUACAACUGCAGAUGAUGCCUGUGAGAGGCAAGCGUUACUCUACACUAGUUGUACGACGAGCUUUAGAACUAUACCUUUCUUCAAGAUGCUGUUAUCGAAUUCUUUGUGAUACACUUUCACUCCCACAUCCAAGAACUCUUAAAUUAAAAUUAGGCAGAAUCGGUGAAGUAGGAACACAAAAGGAAUGUGAAGAAUGUAUUAAAACCGUGUUUGAAACAUUAACUAUUUCGGAAAAACGUUGCUGCCUGUUAUUUGAUGAAAUGUAUGUGAAACCAACUAUACGUUUUCGUGGAUGUCAUUUAAUUGGUUAUAGUGAAGACAAUCCUGCUGAAAUUGCCAAGACAAUUCUUUGUUUUAUGAUUAAGCCAAUGUUUGGAAAACCAGCUUUUGUGUGUCGUAUGGCCCCAGUUUAUAAGCUAUCUGGCAUUUUUGUACAAAAUUUAAUUGUUGAAAUCACACAGACAGUUGCUAAACUUGGUGGAGAAAUUUUAUGCCUUAUUUCAGACAAUCUUCCCACAAAUCGUAGAAUAUAUCAAUUUUUUGCUUUAAGUUUAAAUGAGCCAUGGCUUGGUAAUAUUUGCAACCAAAGUAUAAUAAUGCUUCAUGAUCCAGUGCACUUGUUUAAAUCAAUUCGAAAUAACUGGCUUACAGAAAAAACUGGAACAAUUCAUCUGACACUAAAUAGUCAAUUAUUUAAAGGGUAUUGGAAAGAUUUGGUAAGUUUAUAUGAAAAAGAAAAAAAUAAUGUUAUCAAGUUGACAAAUCUUUCAUACAAAGCUAUUCAUCCAGGUAUAAUUGAUCGACAAAAUGUCACCCAUAUGUGUGGUGUUGUUAAUGAGAAGACUGUAGCAGCCCUUAAAAUUUGUGAUUUUAAAGAGACAAGCGAGUUCCUUGAAAGAAUAUUAUUGAUAUGGAAUUACCUUAAUAUUAAACAAGAAGGUAUGGACAUACGUUUAAAUGAUCCAAAUAGAGCUUCAUACAAAAAUGUAAAUGAUAAACGACUUCAAGAGAUUUUGACAUUUGCUGAAGCUGUUGCAAAAAUGCCAGGAGGAAAGGGCUGGAAGCGGAACAAAUCAUUCACUAGUGAAACGAAAAUUUCUUUGUCGAAUAUGCUUUACGGAAUUGUAGAUUUAAUCCGAAAAUUGCUGAAUGAAGAUCAUCAAUAUGUUCUUCCCGGAAUAUUUCAGACAGAUCGGUUAGAAGGAGAAUUUGGAAUAUACAGGCAACUUUGUGGAGGCAGUUAUCAUGUUUCGGUUGAAGAAGUUAAAAAUAGUCUUCGUUUACAACGCCUGAAGUUGUUUAGUAAAUUGGAUGCUAUGGGUGUACCUAUUUCUCAAUGCUCAAUUAUUCAAUCAGAGUGUUGUCAAUUAGAUCUGAAUGAGGAUGACAUUAGUUAUCUUGAUACAUCUGUCUCUUCAAUUGAUGCAAUUUCCGAUAAAAGAAAAUGCUGCCCUAUAUUACAUUUCGGGUUAUGUCCAGCAUAA